AUGGACGAUACUUCAUCGGUGGAGGACGAAAGUGCGCAAGAGUUAUUUGACGAGGAUGAUGAAGAAGUGCUGGAGCUUGUGAAAGCCAUAGCAGAUGAUUUGAACACUUAUGAUUGUUUCAUUAAACCUUAUAACUCUCCUAAUGAAAAGAAUGAACACGGAGAGAAAAAUGAGUUGGAUGAUCAAGAAGAACAGGAGCAUACUCCACCAACGGAGAUUGCCAACAGUGACUCCCACCUCCAGGUGCGUACUGUUAACUCAAAGGCUUCAGAUAACAGGGGCACUCAACGACAAUUUUCGGAAAAUAUCUGUUCGGAAGACGAUUUGAGAUCUAGAAGUUUCUGAACAUUUUUUGCAAAAUUUCUGGCUAGUCUGCCUCUCCUAGGAUUUUCGAACAUCUAAAAAAUGGUAUAAUUGCCCAUUUUUAACGGAUUUUUGCCCUAAAAAGGUCACCUACAAUUUUCGGGAGCCUUUUUUCUGGCUGAAAUUUUCGAAAAGGCAAGUUUUGAUCCGUAUAAUUUUCGAAUCACUAGACUUCCAGCUAGGAAAUUCGAACAGAUGAAAAAUUUUUAGGGGAUAAAAAUAUGCCAAUAUCUACUGUUUUAAAAAUACUAAAAUACGUUUAACAAUGCUAUGUUUAAGUGGUUUUGAAUUAUAUUCUCGUUGGGUGUCCCUGAAAUAAGGCUAAUGUAUUGGAAAGAUCGAAAUCUUCUACGAAAAAGUGAAGUGUAAAUAAUCUAAAACCCCAAGAGCGACAGUGCAUGUAAUGAAGGCCGAUUUUGGGGCUCUUCUGAAGGUGGUACUCUUUUUCUACUGUGCGAGGUGGGUCAAUAUACUGUUCCCUAUUUAUCCUUUUUUCACCUACAAACAAGGGCGUAAAAUUUUAGUUUUUCAAUACUGCGUCCUUAUGUCCACGUACAGUAAUCGGCUCCUGCCACUUUCUACCGAAACACGUAGAUCGCGAAUUCAGAGAGACGAUUUUGGCGCCAGACGUGAACGAUUCGAGUCACAUGGCUUUGUUUGUCAAACCAAAGAGGUGAUCACGUUCCUGAGCGUUUGGUUGGUCAAAGAUUAGAUAGGCCAAGUCGAGUAAUGGUGUUCUAUGUCAACCAAAAAGGAUAAAUUUUCGUUCGUGGAAAGUCAAUCGAUGAAAGUUCUUUCGGUUUCAGCCUUCUAGCGCUAUAUAUAAACUCUGGGGCGAACAACGAAGCCAGCAAUAAGAAACAAAGUGAUCGACCACGUGAGUUCACCUAGUUCGGUUUGACAAACAAAGCCACGUGACCUAAGUCGUUAACACCUAGCGACAAAAUCAACUGUCACGCGUGUCCUUGAAUUCGCGGUCUUCCUGUUUCGGUAGUCGCAACGUCUCUGAAAGAAAAUAAGAUUAUUAGUCACUCGGACAACGACCGUUACAACUGUCUCAGUUCAUCCGAAGUUAUCUCGAGCAACUACUAAUACAUUAAUGCUGCACUGUCUGUUAACAUUUGAUGUAGCAAAAAAUUGACUUGGAAAUCAAGAACAAAAGAAAUUUUGUCCUGAUCCUGUUUACGAAAAAAACCCGUCCGUUUCGCUACCCUGUUAGUAUAAAGACAAGAGACCUUUUCCCAUGACCAUGAUUCGUUUCGUUCGUUUUGUAAAACUGAUAUCAUUCAAUAAGAUUUCCGUAAACAUCUAUAAUUUAUUUUUGCCUAGGAUUUAGCUGUUGUCCUUAUUAUUGAGGUGUCCGUUAUAACGGGUGUCUACAAGGCCUGAGUUGAAUAUAAUAAGUUUAUAGAAAAUUCAGUGCGAUGAUCGAAAAUUUGGAAAAUUUACUGCGAUGAUCAUUCUUCACUUUCAUCUACAACCGCAGUUCAAAAAUGAAAAAUGAAUUAUUUUAUAUAUACUUUACAUCAGUAAUAUUAAUGCUAUGAAAAAGCAUAAUUAUGUGGUUUUCCUUGACAGGAAACACUUAACAGAGAUUUUAGUGAAACGCCGGACAAUUACCUGGCAGAAAGAACCAAGGAAGCUAAUCUGCAGUCCAAAAUAAAUACAUGUGAAUAUAAUAUCACCAGGCUACAGAAGAUGGUAGAGGAGAAGAUAAAAGAAGUAGAGGAGAUCACAGCUGAGAAAGAGGAACUCGAAUCAGACAUUCAAAAUGCUCUCCAAAAACUAUGGGCCAAAGAAACGGAGCUCCACAAUCAACGAGAGUCUUCCGUAGAGAACGAGAAACGCUUGCUUGACAGCUUGAAGCAGGAGAAAGCGCAUUCACAGCAGCUUGAGAUUCAGGUUCAGCUUUUGACAAAUCAAAAUGAAAUGUUACAAGAACAGGUUUUUCAGCUGGAACAUAAACUGUCAGUAGCGAAAGAACAUGCUGCAAAUGCAGAGCAUAAAUUGCCACUCGAGUGUACCAAUGAAUCUUUGAGGACGAUGACUCUUGGAUUGAUGGAUCAAAUAGCUGAUGGAACGCCAGCUCUUGAUCAAAACAACACAAGGCGUUGCUCCGCUGAUAUGUUGUCUAGUCCAAUUUCAGAAAAUGCAAGUUACUAUUCAAGCAGUUCUGAAAAAUAUAGCGACAGAGCAGAUGGUGAGCAAGACGAUCUUUCUGAAGAAUUCAAGGCCAUGACUUUGAGAGAACAGAACAAUUGCCUUCAAGGAGAGAUUAAAACCGUAACAUUGAGCAUUGAGGACCUUUGGCACAAAAUCACUGAUGCUGACUUUAAAUUCCAUGAUAAAACAACGUUCGUACGAAAAGACUCAAAAAGUCUUCUAAGGGAUAUUUACCGGGCAUACUGUAAAGAAAAAUCAAAGGUAGUGGAUUUAAACGAACAGAAUGCUCGCCAGUUGAGGCAUUUGGAAGAAGUCCAAGAAGCUCUUUGCGUAACUGAAGGUAGGAUCCAACGGAUUUGGGUCAAUUUCUCUCUUCAUGAAGAGAAAGACGAGGAAAUCCAUGGGCCUUGGACAAACGGGGACCCAGAAACAGAGGUAACAGAAGGAUCUCUUGAGGGGAUUGAAAGCCUUCUUUCCAGGUAUAAGGCUACUUUGGAAGAAAAUCAAGAUCUGAAGCGACUAAUCGUUUCAUAUGAAGAUAAACUGAGCGAAUUGAAAGGUCUUGUGGCAAAAUUAAGACAAGAAGCAGGGGAAAUUUCAAAAGAACUUGAAAUAAAAUGUGCAAGAUGGGAGGAACUCAGGCUUUCGAUGAACAAAAUUAUUGAAGACAAGGAUAUUGAAAUUGAGAUACUUAAAGAGCAACUUCAAGAGAACGAAAAAAGAGAAAAGCAAAUAAACAUUGAAGACUACGACGCUGGAAUGGGCAAUAAAUGCUCGGACGAGAUCCUGGAAAAACUGUUGCGAAGUAAAGAAAACGAUCUUGAUGCACACAAACGAAAACACGAAAGUGAAGAAUUGGGCUUCCAAGAAGAGAUUCGAGACUUGCGUGAAGCAUUAGAAAAGGUGAGUCGUGGCAAAAACGAUCUACAGGAAUACUGUAAUCUACUUAAAGAGGCCUUACAGACAUCAGAAUUGGAAAGUAACGCUGUUCUGGAAAGAGAGAAGUCUCUUAAGGAGUCGAUAGAGCAGGGGAAAAAGAGGGAAGAGAAACUAUAUCUCGUCGCUAGAGAGCUUUACGAAGAGGUUCAAAUAGAGAAGCACGAAGCGUUCUCUCGUGAAGCAACUAGUACCGCUUUGUUUGAGAAAGUAAAAUGCCUGGAAAUGGCAAUUCAGGCACAUGAGCAAGAGAGACAAGUGGACAAAAAGAACCUCAAAAAUUCCAAGGAAACGGAACAGUAUUUACAGUGCUCAUUGCAACAAGCGUUAGGGGAGCUUUUUGAACUGAAAGCUAAACAUGAAACUGUUCCUGAAGAAGGCAAGGACCAACCAGCAGCAGAAAAUCGAGAUGAACAGCAAAGGUUAUUACUAGAGCGCCUGGAAGAGGUCGGGACUGUUCUUCGUUCCACGUUGGAAAAGGCCGUCAGGGAUUUGCAAGAAAACGUAUUAAGAGUGGAUGAAUUCUGCGAGGAGAACAAGAGACUUAGGAAAGAACUUAACCAAAGCAAAAUGACUUCAAAUGCGUUAAGGAAGUCCAACCUACGUCUUGAAGCGUCGCUUCAAGCAAUGAAGGACAAUCUACUGGAUGAGGUUAAGGCUAAAAAGGAGCUUGAAGUUUUGUUAGUGAAAUCAAACGAUAAGUGGCAACCGAAACAAACGGAAUACAAAUACAACCAAAGCUUUGACGAGCAGUCCACUUCAUCGCAACUGCCUGGCAUAAGAGAAGCAGAUACAAGUGAUACAUUUGUAUCUACGAGUGAGUCCUGUUUGCAAAGCCAGAAGAAAAGUGGAAAGCUUAAAGGUUUCGGAAAGAGGAAGCUUAUUCCCAAGGCUAUUAGUAAACACUUGAGUUCCUCUUCUUCAAAUUUUGAAAAGAGCCCCAGGUGCGACAUCCUUGAGAAAACAGAAAUAACAGAGCGAGAACAGCGAUUGCGAAAUAUUUUGAUGACUGUUCAACGCGAUAAAGAAGUGCUCGAACAGGACGUAGAAUCACUAUCUGAUGAGCUUCAAAGGGCAAAGGCGCAACUUCAGAACUAUGAAAAUUUAAACGAAAACAUGCGAGAAGAAGCUAACAGGAACGUUCGAGAAACAUUGGAAAUAAAGAAGAUCUUGGAAGUCAUUUAUGGAAGGACAAAGCGCGCUCAUAGGCUCAUAAACAAAGACAUUCACAGCCUGCUAGAGAUUUCAAAGGCGAAGGACAAGCAGUUGAGGAAGUGCGAGUUAUUUUCUGGACAAUAUGAGAAGGAAAAUACCGAAUUGCAGAGACAAGCAGCAGCACUAAAGGAAAAACUCGAAGAUGAAGUGUCUCUCAAAGACGCAGCGCUUGGAGAAAUAAGGCAGCUAAGACUUUCGUUGCAAAAUGUCCUUGAAUCUAAAGAAAAGUGUGUGGCACAGUCGGAAUCACCCCUACUGAUCACUAACUUGAACUCCGAUCUCAUUUUACCUCACAUGGGAAAGGAAGAGGUUCGUACUACAUUAAAAGAAAUCCUAGUAGAAAUUGAAAAUUCCAAUUCCGAAGAGAUUAAUCGCCUGAAACAAAGGACCGCUAAAUUAAUGGAGGAGCUUUGUGUUAUUCGACAAGAUAACGAGUAUCUGAGAAAUCUGGUUGACGCCGGUUUGCUUGAGGAACUGCAAAAGGCGGAGGAGAGAAUAACCUUCCUUAUUGGUCAGCUUAAAGUUAGCCAAGAAAGGCACAACGUACUUAGAGAGGCUUCCAUCCAAGACAAGGUUAAAGCAAACGACGAGGUGGAGAGGUUGUAUGAACGUUACGCUGAGAUGAAGAUAACAAUUAAGAACAACGAGGGGGCUUUAGAAAGAAGUAAGGAGAUGGAGGAAGCAUUGAUUAACGAAAAUAAUCAGCUUCAUGAAGAGUUAGAGUCCUUCAAAGAGCGUUUUGGUGCGGACGGUUUGUUACCGAUUACGGAGAAGGCUGAAACAAAAAGGGCAAUGGAAGGAUGGAAAAGAAAAUGCCUACGGCUUCAAGAAAGCUUCGAAAAAGAAAAGAGGGCCUUGAAAGAAGAAAAUACCUGGCUGCAUAGGCAGUUGGCCGAGGAAAGUUCUUUAUGCACUGACCUUCGACAUCGUAAAGCUGAACUUGAAAAUUCCCUUGAAAAAUCAGAGGAAAAAAUACGGACAAUGCAUAGAAACCUGGAAGAACGGCAAGACGCUCUAGCUUGUCUUGAGGAAAGGCGUGUUAUACUUGAAACUAAGCUUUCAUGUCUUCAGAAGGUGAACGGGGAACUGCAAAAUGAAUUGAGCAAAGAAAGGUCCGAGGCCGAGAGGAACCUCUUGGAUAUGCGCACCGAGUUCGAGGCCACGGCCAAAGAUCUGAAACGGCACCAGCGGGAAGGGAACAAUCUAGUCACCAAAGUGUUUCUGCUGGAAAAUGCAAAAGAAAAACUACAACAGGAACUCAACGAAAAAGAGCGUAAGAUGACGAUUAGUUUAGAAUCUCUUGCGGAAGAGCGAAGUAGGCUCAGCGAGAAGGUCAGAGACCUGAGGAUUUCCCUGGAGGAAGAAGUCAGGAGAAGAUUAGAUCUCGAGGAAAAGAUGCAACAGAUUGUCAAAAUUUCAGUGAUGGAAAAGGAACAGAAUCAGCUGAAUGCCAUUGCGGAAUGUCCGAGUUUUGAGCAGAUUCGGAAGGUAAGAUCUCAAAAAUAUAAUAUAGGACCAUCUGGUACAAUUAUUACUACUGACGUUCGAGGCCGAUAGUAUUAAUUCUUUUGUAUGAUCUCUUAGCAGACAAAACUGAGGGAUGGAUUCAAAACAGACUUAAAUAAUCCACUUCAACAGACAUCAAUAGAUGGAGACCUUAGCACGCUGUCACAAGAGUUCACUUCCAGAGACAAUACACAUCUUUUCUAA